AUGAUGUGGAGUCUCGCCGCCGCAGCAUCAGAGCAAUACUCCCAGCGAGCUGAGGAAUUCUAUCAGACCGCUAGACGUCACGCCCAUGAAGAUGAGAUGCACGGUUCCUACGAGAUCAAACACGCUUUGUUCCCUCGUGCUUGGUUGAGCGUGAGCAAAGCCGUGCGAGUUGCUCAAAUGCUGCAACUUCAUCGGCUUGAUUCCUCCGGGGUGAACUUGGUGGCAACCCUGAUCCAACCUCCCAGGGACUGGACGGACGUGGAGGAACGUCGUCGUGUGUUUUGGUUGACAUUCUGUCUGGACAGAUUUGUCAGUAUGAGUACUGGCUGGCCUAUGAUACUUGGUGAGAGCGAGAUAUCAACAAGGUUGCCAUCCUCCGAGGACUCCUUCGAGACCGGCAAGUCCGCCAGCACUUGCACUCUGCAGGAGGCGCUUUAUCCGGAUAAAAUCGGAUCGCUAUCGGCACUGGGAACCGUUAUCGUGGUGUCGUUACUUGCCGGACGAAAUCUAGCCCACCUACAACAACACAUUACCGACGACGCACACAGUCAGAGCGAAUUCUGGGCCACCCAUCGAAGUCUGGACAGUCUACUCCUCAAUCUUGGUCUAUAUCUCCCCGAACGGCUUCGCAUCCCGCACUGCAUCGAGCAGCCCAACGCCGUCUUCUCUCAUAUGAUGAUCCACGCCCUGACGAUAUGUCUGCAUCAAGCAGCCGCGGACCGCACGCGCAGAAACCCACAGCAUGAUCAACAAGCCACGACCGAGAAUGAAACGAGGUGUUUAUCGUCUGCUCUGGCGAUUACGAAUAUCAUGAGACUUGCUAGUCAUACCGACCUGGCAGCUAUGCACGUUUUAACACCGUUCUGUAUAUUUGUAGCUGCCAGAGUGCUCCUCGAGCCUGCGCAGAGUAAUUCUCCAGAAUAUGAAUCCCAUCGGGACUUCCUGCGCCACGCUUUGCAGGCGAUACGGCCACGAAAUCUACUCACGGCUGUGUUUCUGAUCGGAUUCCAGCAGAAGGAACUGGCGCGCAGUGGGAUUCAUCUUUCUACUGAAGCAUUGUUGAACACGCCAGGGUAUGACAGGGAUCGACCGUCGACGAGAUUGCGUUUUGUUAAGGAUUUCCAUCCUAUCUAUGAAGUCCGCAAUGGUGCUACCGGGAGCUCUGCGUCUACCAAUCCUGGAUAUGGUAUCGACAGAGGUAGAGAUUCUGUUGGACCCGGUCUGACUGGUGAAAAUAUUUGUGGAGAGGGCCUGAUACCGACAGAUACGGCAGGGGAUUCUAACCCGGAUGCCGCGGCAUAUGUCAACCCGUUUGAGUUGAAUCUGCCUGGAUUGGGGUUCUUUCCAUUUAUGGCGUGUUCUUCUGCAAUGUUGCCUCUGGAGGACGGUACUUGUUCAGAGUUACUAGGGUCAGGCGAUAGUUGA